AUGUCCGAAUAUUUCUCCACCAUACCUGAGAACACUGGUACCUUUGUCGAUCAUAUCAGCGUUACUACAAAGUCCAGUUCCCCUACUGCAGCCGCACUCGAGUCCUUAGCCUGCAAUGUGGUGAAGUAUGGUACACCGAGGGAUAUCGAAGAUCUCAGGAGACUUGAACAGAGGCUGAAUAGGGAGGCCAGAUCUUCGCAGGAUUGUCAAAGCAACCUCACUGAAAUUGUUUCGCAAGCCCGACAGGACAUAGAAGUAAUUCUGAAUACCUUCAUUGAACGGUUCUGGGUCGAAAUCAAGCGAGGAGAAAUAGGCGAGUUUCAUCGUUUCAGGUUCACGCCCUACUCAGCUUGCUAUCACUUCCAGCACGAGCAUCAACAGGUCGGCCGGAGCAUGCAGCAAGGCCUUCGGGUCGGACGUCCCGUGGACACGACACCAGAACAGACCAAAGCGUGUAGCAAUCUCGAGACAUACAGCAAAGCGAUUGGUCCCAAUCAUGUCGUCUCCAAGCAGUUGGGUCGAAAUCGCGUAGGAUGCACCAAAUGGGAUUUCUAUUAUGAUGGCUCAGAAUUCGUGUGCGAAUUCGUCUUGGAUAUUAUUUGUACCUACUAUUAUAUUGUCGGCGCUGACCGUGUAUAA